AUGCCUUACCCCUUCACCCUCCCCACCACCUCCUCCUUCUCCUUCUCCUCCUCCUUCACCUGCGAAUCCCACCCCUCCCUCCCCCUCAACGCCAGCACCCACCGCGGCGUGGUCCGCGACACCCUCAAAAAGUUCAAACGCUUGCCCCCCCAUUCCCAAUUCCCCGCCCUCUCCUCCCUCAUCUCCUCCCUCCACUCCUACCUCCCCUACCUCUUCGCCCUCGACGCCGGCCUCACCCCCCACCCUUCCCACCACCACCCCGAAGAAAUAACCGUAACGCUCCUCACCGCCCCCCAAAUCCAAUGGCGACCAACCCUCUCCUCCCUCCCCCCCAUCCCCGGCCGUGAGCCCCCCCGCCUGAAAAUCACCUCCCUCGAAUACGACCUCUUCUUCACCCUCACCACCCUCGCCGCAGCCCUCACCCUCCAAUCCCGCCUCCACCUCCACCCCCUCUACCUAACCACCACCGCCCCCGUCGGAACCACCCAGCGCCAAGCCGCCAUCUCCUCCGCGACCAAAUCCCUCCUCGACGCAGCCUCCAUAUACGACUACCUAUCCACCCGCUCCGAAUCUCUUUCCUCGCCUCCCCCGUCGAACGACAUAUCCCCCCCCACCAUCCGCGCGCUUCGAUCCCUCGCCCUAGCCGAAGCAACACUGCUAGCCGUCCUAAAAGACGACCCUUACCCUGCCAUCGUCCUCCAGCAGCGCAACGAGAAUGACACGGAGUGGAUGUACAAAUCCCCCGACAUUCCCAAAGUCCGCGCCCACCUCUUUGCUCGGCUCUGUCUUGCUGCUGCGGAGCACGCUAGCCAGGCUUAUGCGCUGGUGAACAGCCACAAGAUCAAUGCUGAUUUUAUCAAAUACCUUGAUGACCUGAGGCGGACGGCCAGGGCGAAAGCCUGUCGGUUUUUCGGGAUUGAUGCUGAGCUGGGAGGGGAGCAGGGGAAAGGGAUAGGGUGGUUGUGGGCUGGGUUGAAGGAGUUGGGUGUGGAGCGGGAAGGAAAACAUGGCUCCUCUGGUAGUGGGGAGAAGGCAAAGUCGUCGUUGAUGAAGGGGCUCAAAAAGGAGUGGACAGAAAGGAGGGAGGAUAAAAAGAUUGAAAAGGGGCUGGAUUGGGGCGCGGAUGCGGGGAGGUUAGAGGAAAGAAGGGUGAUUGAGAUGUUGGAGGGGAAGUGGGUGAGGCAGAAUGAUACGAUCAUGACACAACCCAUCCCACCCAUCGGCCCACUGUUGGCGCAAAUGCCUACCGGUCGAGAAAUCCAUACUGUCAAGCCCUUCCAGCCACCACUGCUUGAACCAAACGUUUUGGAGGCGAUGAGAGCGCCCCCAGACAGGUCAGAUGAAUAUGGGAACUACCCCAGUUCAGACGAGGAAACAGCUGUAGAUUCCUCCAUUGCGGGCGCCUUCCCCGGCACACAAGGGGAAUACAGGACAGGAACACCAAAUUAUUACUAG